CGUGGCCGCUCUCAGGUUCCUCUCUGCUCGCAUCUGUUCGCAUCCUCGUCGUCCCGUACGAGUUGGUAGUGUUGGUACGAGUGUUUGAUGCGAGCGAGCGUUUCGAGAGAGCCGUGGAGUGUCGAAAGUAAAGUGAAAUGUCGGGCGUUCGUACCAACAUCACUCCGUGUCGAAUACGAUGCAUGGUGCGAAGUCGUGUCGCGUUCAAUCGUGUUUCGCAUCUUCUUCGUUUGCCUCGUAUCUCGAGUUUUCGACGGGCAUGACUACCGAGAGUGCCGAAAAUGAAAGGUCGCGUGGUCUUGGAGGAUCUUGGAUCUCGAAUGUUCGACAGCUGCGGCCGAGACGGAGCUGGACCGGAGCGACCAACGACGAACGAAAAAGCGGAAGAUCAUUCAUCAAAUACUUCAAGAAAAUCAACUGUGUUGAAUACUGCAAAUAAAAUCAAGAGUAAAAUUCCAACGACUAAUUUUGGACGAAAUGGCAUGCAAGGCGACUCGGCGAGUCAUCCAACGUACGAGGAGACUUCCAACGGGAUAAGCUCCAACAACAAUUCUGUUCGUCGAUCGAGCAUGAAGACUCUGAGUACAUUGCCAUCGAGAAAACCGACGAAUGCGGUCCCCGUGGAGAAACCUCGUCAGCUGGAAAUACAAUAUAGUUCAAAAAGGAUGCGCUACAUGAAUCUGAAAAGGACGCUCGUCGAUAAGCAAAAAGUCGCGCAAGAUCUGUACGAUGAGAUGUCGAGUCUACGGGAGAAGAUAAUCGCGGCCGGCGGCAAGGACCCCGGCAAGAUCGAAGAGCCGAGAUUGCCACAAGUGGAGUGGCCCAAGCAAAGCCCGCCGACGCCGAUUCAGACGAGCUCGCGGCACGACUGCAUCGAGCAGCGGGAGCCAAUCUGCAUGGACGAGUCAGUGGUAAUCGGUAUGUCGCUGUUGCAAAAUCAACUACAGGAUAUCUGCGACCGCUCCCAAAAGAUCUGUCAGCGUACCCUGGACAAGAGCUCGUCGUUCGCAUCCCUCUUCAAGUUCUGGCUGACAGAAUCGAGCCGACAGGACGAAAUGGGCAACGUGUUGGUCCCGGUGAAUUAUUCGGAGGUGGAGGCGCAGCAGGCGAACUUCACGCGAGACAAUGAGGAGAUGAGAACGCAGCUGGAUGAUCUGAGAAUGGCCCAGAAGGACUUUGUCGCCGAAUUUGCGAUGAGAUCCUCGAGUCUGCGUAGCGAAUACGACAAUUAUCGCGGGCGUGUGAAAGAGGAGCGGCCGAAUGUCGAUCGCGAGGACUUGCUGCAGGAGCAACUGAGCGCCGCUCUGGAGGAGCUCAAGGCGGAGCGUGACAAGGCGAAUCAGGGGAAAGAUAGGACAAGAAUGAUGGAGCUGCAAAUACAAAAAGCGCGGACGAAGAUUCGCGAGCUGGAGGGGCACGUGGCUAACGAGGAGGUGAAGUCGCAACAGCUGCAGAACAGCGUGAAGUCAUUGGAGGCUCAGUUAAAGCAGAAGGACCAGGCAAUGGAGCUAAGGAUGAAGGAUAUGCACAAGGCGAUGAAGAGCGGCGAAAACCUCGUGGCGAAGAUGGAGAAGCAGCGCGACAGCUACGAGUCACGGAUGCUGGAACUCAAAGAAAAGAUGGCUCACAAGGAAGCAGAAGCAAAUGCUAUUAUCAAGGAAUUAUCAGCCAAGUUUGAAACUACCGAUGCAGAAAUUAUCGAAGAGAGAAAAAAGAGACAACAAGCCGAGAGCAGUCUAACUGAAAUGGAAGAACGCUGCAAACACCUCGAGGAGAAGAGCCAGCUGCUCUGCGAUCUCGCGAGUCAGAAAAGCAAUAAUAUUACUGUGACAGAUAAUAGUCAUACGGAAAACGAGGUUUGCCUGUAUAACGAUUUGCUGGCGGCCCGGGCCGAACUGGAGAGACAGAAGGAGAAGAUCGAGCAACUCGAGAGAGAGAAGCAAGAGAUUGUCGCUGUGAUGCAUCAGGCGGCAAACCGCGAUAACGAAGACGAGACGAAGGAUAGGUUGGCCGCCGAACUUGUUACCAAAACUAAUGAUCUUCAGAAUUUAAUGCUAGAGCACGCUCGGAUCCAGAAGAUCGCCAGAUUCGCGCAAGAGAGAAAUGAAGUGCUGGAGAACCAGUUAUCCGAGAUUCAGCAUCGUCUUCAUGUGAGAUCGAAAGAAAAUGGCAAAACUCAGGAACUUGAUGCGAUGGAGCUUCAGCAGCAGAUUAGCGACCUGCGAAACAGCUUGGCUGAGGUUAUUCAACAGAACCGAGAGCUAGAGACCACUUUAACGCAGAAGCAGCUAGAGUUGGAACAACGUGAUCGGGUGAUGCGCGAGCAGAGCAAAUUCCUUAAAGCCCGGGAUGAACUGCUCAGCCUUCUCAAAGGAAAGCAAGCGAACGCGGCAAAUCCUAAUGAAAAUUGCGAAGAUAUCGAUGAAAUCAAUAAGCAGAUCGCGGCGAAAACAGAAGCAAUCCAGGAAUUAUAUAUCACACUGGAGGGCAAGCAGAUGCAAGUAAUGCGAUUGGAAAAAUUAGUGAAGCUGCUGGAGGAUCAGCAGGAUCGCGCACAGGCGCAACGUACACGACUCGAGCAUCGUAUCGCGCAACUGGAAAUGAACUUGCGGGAGAAGAACAGAAACGACAGCAAUCGGAGUAAAACCUUCGGCAUCCUGUAAGAAACUCUGUAAUCGUCGGCACAGCCUGUAAGUAUCAAUGAUUGUGACUACAUUGGAUUUAAUAAGAAAUUAUUUACAUAUGCGUAUCCAACUCAUAUGUAUAUUCAAAAUAAUAUAAUCUAUAAAAUUUUACGUUAUAUAUACACAUUUUAAAACCAAUAAUAUAUUUAUACAAACGCGUUUUUGUAGACGCCAUUUUACUUUGUAUAACAUUUAUUCUAUUGAAUAAAAAUAUAUAUUAAUAUA